AUGCCGCGCGACGAAAGCCUCGUUGAGGGCAGUCUCCGACUGCCCUAUACAUUUCUCAAUGGGAACCCACAAGACGCACCAACCAGCCUCCCCACCUCGUCUAUCCCAGUGCAUGUUUCGGUGGGUCUGCUCAUACCCGGAACCAACUCCCUCGACAUUACUUCCAAAUGCAGGAUUGCCUUUGAACGCGAGGCUCAGGGACUAAAUGUUGCCACGGACGGUGAGGAAAGUGGUGUUCAGGGCUGGUUGAAUAUCCCACUGCCUGGCUCAGCACUGCAUCUCCUUCUUCGUGCUGGAAAUCUACACCGGCGAUCUCUCACCCUGCGCGUGGAUAUACACAUAGUCCGUUCGCAGCCAGAGGACGUUCGUAGUGUGGCCUAUGUAGAGCGCAGUCCAGACAGAUCCCCACAUAUUAUAACCUUCCACAGGGCCAAAAAGAAUGAUAUUCAGAAGCGGUUGCGACGAAGACAAAGGGACGCAGGGUCUCCGGAAGGAGGAAGUGGCCCUGCCGUUAAAAAGGUUAACGAAACGCUUCGAAGAAAGCGCACACCCCCAUCGUAUGAUGACAGGAGACAGCCGACUUCUGCUAGUGGUGAUAGGGGACGUCGUCAUCGCCGUCGUCGUCGCAACCCACAGCGACAACGGUGGCGGAAAUUUGACAGAUUUCGAUUCAGCCAGCGGUAUGCCCAGUCUACCUGCCGCAGGUACGAUCUAACUGUGGAUUUUAGGAGCAUCGGGUGGUCAAAGUUCAUCUUGGCCCCCUCCAACUACGAUGCUGGUUACUGCUUUGGUUUUUGCCCCUUUCCCCUCUCCUCUCACUUCAAUGCAACCAACCACGGUCUGAUGCUCUACCUCCUCUCCAUGCUUAACACAACCAACAUCCCUUCCCCCUGCUGUGUGCCGCUCAGUUUCAAACCCCAGUCACUUCUGUUCAUCGAGCAUGGCGAUGUUGUCCUGAAGAGUUUCGAAAAUAUGGCGGUAGACAGCGCCGAUAUUGUUCACUCGAGGGAAUCAGCAGCAGAUUCGCCAAAUCGUGUCAUGCACUCUGCCUUUUUUCGUGAAAUGAUGGUCCGGUACUUGCGUAAGCGCAAGUGCCAGUAG